AUGACUCAAAAGCUUCCAGCAACUCCACCGUUUAGCCAUAGAUUGGUAGUGGGAACCAUAGCCUUAAUGGCGGGAAUGUAUCUUCUCAUGGACGCAGGCAAAGAUUUCGAAUAUAUUAAGUUCACACCUCAUUCCCCAGAAGAGAUCGAGAGACGUAAAAAAGAACAUGUUGGAUUACAAAUAAAACAACUAGAUACAAGAACCUUAGAUUAUACCCCGGAGGCCAAAGAAAAGUUACGAGGGCUAGUAGAGCAGAACAACCUGGCCUCUAACAACAAUGAACUGAAGUAA